GCAACAAUGGACUACGUCAACAAGCUUACUGGAAGCGGCGAGCAGCAGACUGGACAGCAGCAAGCUUCCUCGUCGGAGAACAAGCAAGAGGGUGGCUUCUUGAGCGGCAUUGGAAACAAGCUCAACAACGCUGCCGGCGGCGGCGCCGAGGGAGAGAAGAACGAGGACAUGCUUGACAAGGGUGUCGACUUUGUGCAAGAGAAAGUCUUGGGUCAAGGUCCUCAGGACAACGAGUCCGCUCUUGAGCAGGCCAAGGACGAGCAGAUCAGCGACUACAUCCGCUCGAGCUACAAGUCCGCCACUGGAAGCGAUGUCCCCAUCAAGGACAAGCCCACCACCUUCGACAAGAACUAAACUACACGACUCACGCAGUUGAGGCGUUGGAACAUGCCACACAU